UCAUAAGUGCAUAGCACUGAGGUCAUGCAGCCGUCACGGGAAGUUUCGUCCGACGCUGAUGAAGCUCGUGUUAUCGAAUGACUCUUCCACCGUCCAGGCGACUACCAAAGAGGCCAUUGAGAAAUACCGAGACGCAGCCGACCUUUCCGCUGCGCUGAAUAUCUUGACCAAGCUGAAGGGCAUUGGCCCCGCCACAGCUUCGCUUCUCCUCGCAGUUCAUUAUCCUGAAAAUAUCCUCUUCUUCUCAGAUGAGGCAUACUACUGGCUGUGCAACAAGGGGCAAAAGGCUUCACUCAAAUAUAACAUAAAGGAGUAUGAGUCUCUCAACGCCGAGGCAAGGAAGCUUAUGAAAAGACUUGAUGUCUCGGCAACGGACAUCGAGAAAGUGGCUUAUGUCCUCUUCAAACAAGUGGGCUCUCUCCCGAAACAAGCCUCGAACGACUACGUAUCAAAGCCCGCCACGAUCGAAUUCACGAAGCCACAGCAGCCAGUUCCAGCAAAGAGGAAGAAGACCUCCGAAGAAGUGAUCGAAAACAAAGGUCCACUCAGACGAUCGAAGCGCGGCAAGACGGCAUAAUAAGCUUCUUCGGCUCAGGUGUUCGGACGAUGGAAAAU